GGCGCUGGCGCAGGCGCAGAGCAGCCCGCGGGGUCGCGACGAGCGGCGAGGGCUGAGCUCCGGAGAGAGGGGGUCGGAAGCGGGUUUCUCCCUUGCGCGCGCGCGCACGAGGCAGCGGGGAGGUCCGCCUCCAGUCCUUGCGCCAACAUGCCCGCGGCGGCGGCUGCUGCUGCUGCCCGGACCCGCUGCCGGCGGCGCUGAGCGCGAGGGGGCAGGCAGGCAGCCGAGCCGAGCCGAGCCACCAUGGCCGAGUUCCUGCCGCUGCCCGGGCUGUCGUUGCGGGAGGAGCCGCUGCCCCCCGGGCCCGAGGCGGCCGGCGUUGGCGGCGAGACGGAGGCGGAGCUCUCGCUGAGCCUGGCGCGCACCAAGACCCGCUCCUACGGCAGCACCGCCAGCGUGGCGGCGCCCUUGGCCGAGCGCUACCUGGAGCAUCGCCUCGGCCCCAGCGACACCCUGCAGGGCAUCGCGCUCAAGUACGGCGUGACGAUGGAACAGAUAAAAAGGGCAAAUAAGUUGUUCACAAAUGACUGUAUAUUUCUGAGAAAAACUUUGAACAUCCCUGUCAUAUCUGAGAAACCUUUGCUCUUUAAUGGACUUAACUCACUGGAGUCUCCUGAGAAUGAAACUGACAGCCCCUCUUCUUGUGAAGAAGGACCAGUGACAGUUCAGGAAGACUGCUCUUCACCAAGUCUCCAAGAACCAGACAAUCAGCUUCCUCCACCUGAAGAAUUAUCUGCCAAAGAUUUUCUACACAGACUGGAUUUGCAGAUCAAGCUGUCAAAACAAGCAGCUAGGAAACUAAAACCUGAAGACAGCGGGGAGGAGGAGGAGGAAAAUCCCUAUGCAACUUCUUCCUAUCAGCAGUAGAAGACGUAUGAAGAGCUGGAAUAAACGCAGUUCUUAAAGAACUGAAUAUUUUCUGAUUCAAAAGCAAAACUUUUGGAUUGAUUUUAUAUGGUGUGCUUGUUACAAGUCAUGUAUAGGUACUGACGAUAAUUGCACUAAAAUGAUUUGAAUUUCUGCCUCCCGCAGGUCAAUGAUUCUUGUCUUAUACAUCAAUAAGGGGGGAAGUGAGCCUUCCAAAACUAGUAAUUGCCUUCAUGUUUCUGCUAUGAAAACAUAGCACAGUAGUAACAAUAUAUCCCCGAGGCCACUUUGAUGCAAGAUCAAAGAAACAGCUGUACAUAUUUAACACAAAGCGUAAGAGGUUAUAAUGAAAAUCAUUAUCAUGGAGGCAGAUGAGCCUGUCAUGCACAUUUUUGUGAAUUUCAAAGCUGAUGGAUGUGGCCCUAAAUCUUGUGUGUGUGUACAUGUAUAUGUAUAUACUGUUAUAAAAGUAUAUAUGUAAAGACACUUGUAUUCUUAAAGCGAACCAGUUUUAGCCAUCUUUUGGGGGUGGGGAGUUGGGAUUUUAAAGCGUUUAUGGCAAACUGUGUUUGGAAAUGACUUUAAAAAACCAAGGGGAAAACGCUUAAUAAAAUCUGCUUUUCUUUCUGUAAUGACAAUGUUUAAAAUGCGCAAAUACAUGUAGGUCUUAUGUAAUAAAUACAAACUGCACUUUAAGGAAGUGGCUUAUCUUUGUUGUUUAGGCUGUCUGUAUAGAAAGCACAAAGCAUCCCCAGUGCUUUCAGAAUAUGCUUUUCUGUUUCAUUUGGAUGUAUUAAAAUAUCCUAAGCUGUCAAA